AACAAUUUUAGCACAUUUUCAAACUGUGUAUCAGUUGUUGCUGUCAGAUAUUUUUCAUAUAACAAUGACAAACAGAGGGAAAUACACAAGAGCACUGAGUACAAGCAGUAUACCAGCUUAUGCGGUUAUACGUAAACUGCAUUAUGAACUGUCGCCAGAUCAACCAAUUCAUCGGCCUGUUCAAUCUCUAUUUUCAACAUCCAGUGGAUUUAACAACUUUCGUGGUCUUUUAAAUCUGGCCGCCUUUAUACUUGUCAUCUCAACAUCUAGAAUGGCUUUGGAAAACAUUAUCAAGUAUGGAAUCAUUAUGGAUCCUUUUUCAUGGAUUCGUUUCCUUUUACAAGCUCAACAGAAAUGUGCCGUGAUUGGAUUAUUCAGUUGUACUAAUGUCUUCAUUAUAUUCGCUUGGUUAGUUGAAUGUGCAAUUGUUCGUGGUUUAAUUAGUGAUAAACUUGCAACAGCACUUACUUGUUGGAAUCUAUUUUGUCUACUCGCCUUCCCGAUCAUUACGAUAGUAUCAAUAGAUUUUAAUCCUUUGUUCAGUGCUCCUGUGCUUGGAGUAUACACUAUCGUAUUUCUGAAACUAUUUUCCUAUGCUACUGUUAAUCGGUGGUGUCGUGAAUCAAAUGAAGAUGGGGAUAGCAAUAUCAAUGUGGUUUUGGGUAUAUUAGGAAAUUCGUCACCGGAAUUAGCUCCUGAUCAUAUGUUUAUCGGCAAACAUGAGAAUUUGAACCCAGAGCAUAAGAGCAAUAAUAUCGAUUCUCAUCACUCUGAUGAUUGUUUUGAAACGAAUAAUACAGAUAAUUCAAUGAAUGAAUCUCCUGAAGAAAAUCACGUAUCCAAGCGAAAAUGUUCUCCAGUUUUAGAACAUAGAGAAACGAAUACUGAGUCAGACAGCAAAACUGAUAACUUCAGAUUUAAAAAUGAAAACGUCUUUAAAUUCAAAGAUCAAGCUAUUCAAAGUAGAAAAAAUAAAAUGUCAUAUUUUUCUUCUAAAUCUAUGACUUCAACAAACAAUGUAAAACCUACAAAGAAACAUAAAAGUCGAACAAGAAAAUCUCAACAUUCACGAUUUAGUGUGUGUGACAGCAAAGACUACAAUCAUAUAAACCCAGACCCAGUUGAGUUAGAAGUAAAUGUCUUGGUACAUGAUGAAACGUGCAUGAAAUUUAGUCGUAAAUUAUAUGUUACUUAUCCGAAUAAUCUAACAAUCCGGGAUAUAUACUAUUUCAUAUUUGCACCAACACUGUGCUACGAAUUAAACUUUCCUCGUACAAUGACGAUACGGAAGCAGUUUUUGUUCAAACGGAUUUUCGAAUUGGUAUUCAUUCCCCAACUUAUACUAUGUUUGAUUCAACAAUGGAUUUUACCUAUACUGUCAAACAGUUUCGUCCCAUUCACAGAAUCACGAUUUAGUUUGAUCGUUGAACGUUGUCUGAAAUUGGCCAUACCAAAUCAUCUGAUAUGGUUACUGUUUUUCUACCUUGUAUUUCAUUCCUUAUUAAAUGUGAUUGGAGAGAUACUAUACUUUGGAGAUCGGUUCUUCUACAGUGAUUGGUGGAAUGCGGAAUCUGUGCCAGCGUUUUGGUCAAAAUGGAAUAUUCCUGUCCAUCGUUUUGCUAGACGGCAUAUAUACAUACCCCUUUUAAAGUCAGGGUUCAGUCGCUUUCAAGCUGGUUUGGUUGUUUUCAUGAUCAGCGCAUUUUUUCAUGAAAUACUUGUUUCGAUCCCUUUGAAAAUGCCACGCUUCUGGGCUUUCUUCGGCAUGUUAAGCCAAGUGCCUUAUGCCUAUAUAGUUACACGCUUAUUUCCGAAUGGUGGCCAAGGUGGCAACUUAGCUGUGUGGCUUACAUUGAUAAUUGGUCAACCAUUGGCUAUUCUCGCCUAUUUCCAUGACUACUUCAUAACACACUAUAAUAUCGGUGGAAAUGUGACCAGCGACAAUUAAGAAAUCAAUGAACGGGAUUUUGUAUUGUUUGAUUUGUUGUGAUAUCAUUUCCUUACUCGUUGUACAGUGAGUACUUAUUCAUUUAAUUAGAUGUCCACAUUCUUCCAUUAUUUUCUCAAUCAUAUUUUCAUGAUUAACUAUUGAUGCGGUAGUCACUUUACCUGUUGAAUAAUCUUUAGACUGACAACUGUUAAAUUCGUAAAAGUGGUUGCCUGAUCUGCGCCACCAACUUUAUUGUUCCUUCUUCUCGUUCCUGUUAAUUCUUAUUGGAGUAUAAAAAGCAUUAUCAAAGUAAAGAGAACGUUGUGUUUCUAACCAGUCUCAUACCUUACUUCUAUUUUCUCUAUUGUAACUUGUUUUCCCUAAUUACUAAAUUCUUAUCUUUUUUGUGAUCGUGAGCAUAUUAUCGAUGCCAUGUAUUUAAUUAAUCCACUAUAUGUGUAAGUGAUCACUGUUUAUGGAUAUAUGUGAGAUGUUGUUAAACAUGAUCACUAGUUUAUUUCUGAAUACCGAAUUUUGUGAAUAAAAGUUUAUAUUUGCAAGUCUAUUUCAUGGGGUUAAGGUUUUGAAAUAAACAAGAUAGAUAAGUGGAA